UCGGGCACUGAUAUCGUUCAAAAGCCGACAAGCUAACAUUCAGUCAACAUCUGGGACCAGUUUCGUCGCGAAAGUGAACUUCAAAUACUGAACAGCGGGAGUUCCCCUUGCGGAAGCAGACAUUAUCAACAACGCGCAUCGCGGAUCGCUGUUAGCAACAACAAACACAAUUGGAUAUUAUAACCUUAACAAACCAAAAAAACAGGGGACCACCGUCCGCUUGCUCAUCACAUAGCCGUAGCAGACAUUCCCAAAGCGAGAGAGAGCCGACCGUGAGCGAACACCUACACAUACCUACAUACGUGGUAGAGUAGAGAAAGAUAUAUAGAGAAUGAGCCAAUGCUGACCGGACUACAGCAACGGUGAUUUUUGCGAGUGAUUAGCAGUGGAAAGCAACGACAAAACCUGAGGUAAUUCACACAAAAUGGGAGUUCGUGUGAUAGAGGCGGAUUCGGCCAGUGAUUCGUAUGACGAUGACGAGUGUUCGACGUGCAACAAAGAGCAAUGCAAAGCACCGAAUAAGGCCAAAACUGGCAGUGGCAAGAGGAGCCCCUCGCCCCAAGAGGGUGCCAGCUUUAUCAGCAGGGAUCUGGUGGGCAACUGCAAGGAGUACCGCAUCGAGAACAAUACCCGGGAUCUGCGUAUCAUAGGCAAUGGCAACCGGAUAAGGAUUGUCAGCAACUCCGGCCAACUUCAGGUCAUCGGCAAUGCCACUAGAUUGAAAAUCCAAAGCAAUAGUGGUUCCCUCAAGUACACGGGGAAUGACGGACGUAUCUAUUUGGGAAGUAAUUCCCAGCAGCAGAGUGUCGACUACACUGGCUGCAACGGCCUCUUGAAGGUCGUGAAAUCCCUGGAUCUCGACAGCAGCGGCAAGAAGCACAGCAAGCGUGCACACACCCUCAAAUCAAAGCAGACACCCAAGCAGACGCCAUCGAUGGGCAUUGAGAUCGAAAACAAUGUCACGAUCGUGAAUGGCGUGGCCGGAAAUAUUGUGAUCAAGAAUGCCAUCAAUGUGAGCAUAUGAACCUAGGAGCAGAGCAGACAGGGAGCUCUCUAAGUAAACCUGGCCAAAGACUAAUAAUGUAAUUGUUUCUUGCCUCUGUAUUGAAUUGUUCCUAGCAAGUGUAGUCAUUAGUCUAAUCGUAUGUAACUUCCGAUUGCUACAAACAAACCAUUCAGCAUUGUAAAGUAUUAUACUCCAUCAUAUGUUUAAGUAUUUACAUAUACAUAUGUAUGUGCACAAAGAUUAGAGCAUUAUUUAUAGUCGUAGCAUAAACCAUGAUGAACAAAGAUUGUGCUUCAUUCCAAGAAUGAAUAAUUUCAUUAAAGAAACCAAAAUAUUAUGAAAUGAAAUCAUUUUAGGAGUUCUUCUUUCUAUUUU